AGAUCCCUUGCAGGCUAGCUAGAAAAAAAAUUUGCCCUACUCAAAACCUACAUGCAGCAUGCUCAAGAGGUUCUACAGUCCUUUCAAAUGUCCUGAUCCUAUACAGGAUGUUCAAACUACUGUUUGGUUUGUCUUUCCAUUCUGAGGUGAAGUCCAUUUUCAGUGUCUGAGAAAUAAUCCUCCAUGCAGAGAUCCAUAAACUUCUAGAAAAUACCAGCUAGGUUUACCAUACUUUCUGAGCCUCCUGCCUGAGGGAUUACUCUCACAUUAUGUUCCACUGAGUUUUCUUGGUUUGGUUGUUUUAAUAUGGAUGUUCUGUGGAUGCUGUUACAGGAAAUCACUGCAGGUUAUCUCUCCAAGCCUCUGACAUCAUAGCACUGCUUUGGUGAUUUCUGGUUGUCUCGGUGCUUACCAAAGUGUGGAGAAUCUAGGUUCACUGAGUAAGGUUAGGUUGAUGGGCAUAACUUCCUGAGAGAGUGGGAACUUUUGUCAUUUUAUUUACAGAUUAGGAAAAUGUAUUAUGAGGCUUUAUACUCUAUUGUCAGAGCAAGGUGGCAGAUGAUGUUGAUUCUGUUAACUAGGAACAUCUUAACUCCUACCUUUCAAUUAGCUGUCCAUAUUGCAUGCCAUAGUAUUACCAAAUUUUAUCUGCAGACUUUACAAGUAGGGUUUCUCAAGCAGUGUCAGUUCCUGUGGUAGGGUACCAUUUGAUCUGUGUUUUGAGACCAUUUACUGUAGGAUAGUGAUUAUCAUCCGCCUGCAUCCUUAACUGGUGCUUCCGGUUUGAUUGUUACUUCAGAUUUCCCCUCCUACUUUUGAAUAGCUAGCCUGUAUGGACUGUUUCUCCACCCCCAGUACCCUCUUCUCCCAGUUCUGUUGUUUGUUCUGAUAGAAUAUGGGCUGGUCUAAGUCAUGCCUUUACAAAAAGCAUACUGAAAUUCAGUUGCUAUACAGGAGAUAGCAGAUGCUGACACAGCAGUGAGAUUAAUGUACAAAACAGUUUAAGAUGACUGGGUUCACUGGUUUGGAGUUAUUGAGAGAGCUGUUUGGAGAACCUUUCAGAGACAGCUGUAUAGUGGCAUUUGCCAGUUGGUAGGUGCUACAUUAUUGGUACCAUCAAAAGCUUCAUUCUCCAUUGCCAGCAUGCCAAGGAAGUUGCUGGCUCUGGCUGAAGAUUCAGAAUGGGAGACAAGCCUAUUUGGGAGCAGAUUGGAUCCAGCUUCGUACAACAUUACUAUCAGCUCUUCGAUACGGACAGGACCCAUUUAGGAGCAAUAUAUAUUGAUGCAUCAUGCCUUACAUGGGAAGGGCAGCAAUUCCAGGGCAAAGCAGCUAUAGUUGAAAAACUCUCCAGCCUCCCCUUUCAGAAAAUACAGCACAGCAUCACAGCACAAGACCACCAGCCUACACCUGACAGCUGCAUACUCAGUAUGGUAGUGGGGCAACUUAAGGCUGAUGAAGAUCCAAUCAUGGGAUUCCACCAGAUGUUUCUAUUAAAGAACAUCAAUGAUGCCUGGGUUUGCACCAAUGACAUGUUCAGGCUAGCGUUGCACAACUUUGGCUGAGCUGGCAUCCCCAGGCACCAGUGCUUUCUUUCUCCUCUCCUCUUCCUGAUAUUAUUCACACUCACGGAACAUUCCAAAUAUCAUACACAAACCUGCAACACCGCAGCGAGUGAGUGAGCAAGACCUGUGAUCUGCCCUUCUGCUGAGUUUACAUUGUCACUAGAUGAGUUCCUUGUGCAUGAUGUUUGGAAGUUAGACUUAGCUGCAUUUGACAAGAGAAAUUUGUGUUGUACCAGCAUGCCUCGGAAAGAAUCCAUAAUGCAAAAGGUUGCUUGUUUAUGUACUGACAAGUUGCUUUAGUAACCCAAAGAAAUGAAAGGAAAGAACAGCAGCCUAUACAGCCCAGAUAUUCAUUUGUUCAGAUGUUUCAAUGCUACAUUACACAAUAAAACCAUGAGAUUUUCUUAACAGUUUAAA